CGUCACCCUUAGUUCGCGCCGCUCUCUACAUUGCUCAUUAAUAUUCCGAGCGCUUCUGAGUCGAGACCGGAGUGACACUACCACCAUCUAUCCAGAUCUCUAUGUCCCUUCAAACAUUUCCUCAAGAAUUGAUCAACAGCAUCGUGAACGAAAUAUAUGACGACCACGAUGCUUUGUAUGCUUGCACUUUGGUCAACCACGCAUUUCUCUCCGCUGCACGGUUCCACUUCCAUUCUCUUAUCAACGUAGAGGCCUCUCAUGAGGUGUCCUCCAAGCUUCUCGAACUCAUCUCUAUAUCACCCGGGUUCUGUUCAGCUGUAAAAGCUGUCCGUCUCAUCUUUAAAUCUAACGAGAGCUCUGGUGAUCACGAUGCGGAAGAAUUAUCUCUGCUUCCCCAUGUCUUGAGAGCUCUCUCGAAUCUCACGGCCUUCUCCAUCAGAGGUUGUUCUCGCACUAUUCCUUCCCGCCUCUGUCAAGAUUUGCCUUUAUGCCCAAACAUCCGGUCCCUUUCUCUCACAAGUUUAAACUUUGCGAGUCCAACGGAUUUCCUAUUGCUUUGCAUACGUUUUCCCGGAAUUCAAGGUAUCCACCUAUUAAACAUUGGGCACUUUGGUGCUGAGUCAGGGGAUCCCAAUGAUAUCGGUCCGAGACCGCGUCCCGAGUAUCUCUGCUUGCGCCGGAUGAAGGGUGACGUCCUGAAAUACAUUGACACCUCGAGAUUGAAGAAGAUACGAUUGACGGGUGCUCCUGGGCACCAGCUUCACGACAUCAUUCAGAGUACCUUGAUCAACGCAGCUCCAAAACUAGAGGAGGUGGUUAUUAACACAGAGCCACACAGAACUAACGCUCUUGACUUGUCGCGCAUCCCCAGGAUUACUGUUCAGCACUUCAAUUAUCUACGGGAGCCAUUCGCGGGACUGAAGAACUUGUUCUUCGACAAAUACCCACGGGAGCUUUUCGCGGUGAAGGAACUGACUCUAAAGUUAUACCUCUUUCCUGAGCGUAUUCUCUCGUGUGAGGAGAGUCAAUGGGCAUGGUUGGAAGAUAUUCUUCUUGCUGUACGCGAUCGAGUUAAUAUCAUCGUCGUAGUGGACCACGGAGAUCUGGAUAGAUACGAAGCUGAUUGUGUCCAAAAGUUUUCCAGCGCGAUGCCUCGGUUGGAUAACCGUGGAACUUUGGAGGUGUAUAUGGUGGAGGGCAUAUCACGCUCGCGAGAUGACGCACAGAUCCUUCAUUGCGGAAGCUUCUUCAUACCCAGAAAGAAGAUUGAUGUCGACGCUAUCGGAGUCCGGAAGCGGGGGGAAACAUGAAGCUGUUUCGGUCUACUGACGUGAGUAUGCGUAUUGGACAUUUCCAGAGAAAACCCUCUGUUCCAAGCCGUCAGAUUGGGUUCAGAAAUGCGAGCCCUGCUGGUUAAACAAAUUUGAAUUAGACAAAUGAUCUGCCUAUACUAAUCAUCAAGAGUUGCACUGGCUUACAACUGGCUUAUGCACUCAGUGACCUUAACUGAAUUCGAGAAUACAGUACUCAACUAUAAAACAAAGCUUCUUUUGGUGUGAUGGUAAGCCUGGAAAGCCGCUUUAUCAGUUAUAUACUCGCGGAACUCGUAUCUGUACUAGAUGCGAUUGCAUCCUUGAUGGUGGAGGCAAUUCGG